AACAUGUAUGAAAUAUCGGACAUAUCUAUCGAGAACUUCCGGACAAAGAUAACUUUUGGCGUGGAUCUUGUGGAUAGCGCCCUGAAGCAAAUAGCCUUCCUGCAGCAAGUGGAUCGGAAUCGGAGUCUUUAUGACGAAACGAUAAUACGUCAAGCAGUUUGGCGUUAUGAAAAACUAUGGCUCCCCUUAGCCGCUGGGCAUGCAGACAAGACCCUGGCGGCACCUCUGGACAUCGAGUGGGUAUGGCACUGUCACCUGCUGUCCCCAAUAAGUUACGAAGAGGAUUGUAAAGCCGUGGUAGGUUCUUCUGUUAAUCAUAAACUGUUGUCUGAAAAGGAGAGAGAAAAGGCCUUAGAGAUUAGCAGACAGUUAUGGACCUCCAAAUAUCCAAAGGAAAAAUUUGAUUUGGAGAUCCGCCAUGACAAUGACAGCUUACCAGGACGUGGAGACUUCGUCCUGGAUGACGCUUCCAAACUGUCCUACAACGUGAUUGAGGCGGCGCAGCGUCAGCGUGUGUUCGCAUACCAAGUAUCCCUGCCGCAUUACUACGAUCGCCUCUUUCUAAGACGUGCCGUCGAACGUUAUCAAAAAAUGCUUUAUCUGAAGCUUCAAAACCCGCGAGUCUUUCUGGUGCCAUGUUAUGAUAUGGAUCUGGUUUGGCACUCCCACCAGCUUCACCCUAUUGUUUAUAAAGAGGACACUACACGUGUCUUAGGAAAAGUGUUCAACCACGACGACUCCGUCAACGACCGUAAUUUGGGGUCAAAAUUGAACCAGGCCGAUAAAAAGACCAGGGAGUUGUGGCGGGAGGCUUUCAAUGAGAACUUUACUGAAUUUGGCGCCAUGUAUCGUGGAGAUCCCCCGUCCGGCCUUCAACCAAUCACAUUGGACGAAAUGUUUUCUUUCUCAACAAAGAAGGCAAACAUACAUCUCGACCGGAUGCAGGUGGAGGGACUUCCAGAGGAGCUAAAGAACUUCAAAAUAAAGAUUCAUUAUGUAGCAAGUGGGAAGGAAGGUCCGUCCAUCACAUCAUACAAGGGACCAGGCAGAGAAUGGGAACGAAAGAAAAGCGCAAGUGCGUUUUGCUUUGACACAAAGUUAUACAACUGCAUAAAAUUCAAACUUAUUCAGAUGUUACGACCGAUGUGUUUUAGUAGUUCGGAGCAGCUGGCUCAAAAUGUGUUCCACAUGCUUCCUAUAGUGGAGGACUUGAACCGUGGCGACACUAAGAUCAACGAGACCGUCAUGCUGGAUGAGGAAAGAAACCUCAAAGUGUCGUUCACGGCUGAUGUACAGGUCCAACCCAAACCAGGGCCUUGUAUUCUCUUCCUAAAGAACGGUAACUAUGAGCCGCGUUUCUGUAUCAUUCCCGAACACGUCCAACAGAUGUGGGGCCCAAUCCCUCUCCCACGGCUCCCCUCCGGGAAGGACAACCACUGCCUUGUAGCUUCUCACAAGUUUGUUAAUCAUACUGGAGAAAAGACGUUUACCUGUCGUGUCAUACACAGUCUGCCCCUACUAAUGUCGGCCGUACAGGUGUUUUACCAGGAUAAGAUGGCGGCUGUUGGUCAUCUCAUAGGAUCUGACCAGCUGCCAACCCCGAGUCAGCUGGGAGAUUCCAAAGUGUGUCCUUCUGUGAAUCCUAAAGCUGGUCAGAGAGCCAUCCUAAUAAAGAACAACGACGGGGACUGGGGCAUUCUGAUUGGUCAAUGGACGGGCUUCCGGCGGGGAAUACCGGGCAUCACAGGGCGUAAAAACAAAAAAGGACAAAAAGGCGUACCUGGCAGUUGUGGAACACUUAGUAUACGUUUCUUCCGCAGUCAUACAGCCCAGUGGCAACAAAUGGCUCUGCCCUACCUGGACAACGUAUUCAAGUUCCACCUUCAUGAAGCCGAUGUCGACUUGAGACAUGGUGUUGUCCAGAUCAAGUCAGACAGUAACGAGAUAGCUGAAAACAUCGCCCUGGCGUUUAGCGUGGCCCUUUUACACGUGCUUUGUCAGCCUCGAGUACCAAAUACUGUUACUGCAAACGGUACUAGUCCUAGUACACCAAUGCGAGGGACAAGGCCAAUCAAUCGCGUGCCGGCCGAUGACCUUGGCCUUGUUGUUGCCGCUGGUUACUCGGUGGACACUCCAACGAAUACUUACAUCCGGCAAAUACACGGAAGAAAGGCGUGCGCAGGCAGCUCUACGGGCGAGACAGACUAUGGUGGCCUUGGAUAUAUGUACUCAGAUCUGGAGGCGGCGGAGCUUGCAGCAGAUGAGUUUGAGUUGGACGUAGAAACCAAUCCGAUCCAGUCAGAUACCGCCGCCACGGCUGCAGACGCCGAGGUGGCAGCAAACUCAGGAGCCGACGGCGGUGAAGAGGGUGUAGAUGGAGGAGAUGUGGGAGGCUGUGGUGGGUGUGGCGGAUGUGGCGGCUGUGGCGGGUGUGGCGGUUGUGGUGGGGGAUGUGGAAGUUGUGGAGGUUGUGGAGGAUGCGGUGGUUGAGAGGUUAAACCAGGAAAGACAUUGGUAUUGUCGUAGAAGCCUUCUGUUGUGUACGAUGCAAGAUAUCAGGUACAUGAAAGAGCGUCCAGGGAAAGUGUUAAGUCCCCUUAUGAUUAGGUACAAACAUGUUCGAUAUCAUAUUCACUAUCUAGUAUAGUAUAUUAUCUUGUGUUCAGCGAGGGACUGGCCCACACCGCCUGUACGAGGUAGCCGGUGGGCAGUGGGACUGGACACAUCAACUAUGCAUGUCGUAUGUAGUGAUUUAUAGCUUCAUAACGUCUGGUUACACAUACUGUACCAUAAUGCACAGAACCACAAUAGUGUGCAGUUAGCAACAGUGGACCAAUGGUUGAUCUUUACUCUAUUACGUCAUCAUCCGAUCACGUGACUGUGCGUUGAGUCCUUCCAUAGGCUGCUUGUCUUGUAAAUACUACAUAAUUAUUAUGCCGGGAUCAUAAAUGUUCAUAUUUUUGUAAAUAUAACGUAGUCUGUGUGCCUGUAUGCUACAUAUGUAUGUAGUAAGUAAUAGUUAUAUGUUACCAGAUAUCGUACAGUAUAAGUGAUAUCGGAUUUACAUGUUAUAUAUAUAUUGUCGUAGCCUCCAUUACAUCAUUUGAAAAAAAAAGAUAUCCGUAUCGUUUGUUAACAUUUUCUAUCUUUAGCGCUUGUUCUCAUCAACUUUUUUAUAACUGUCGAUUUUAUACCAGCAUACUUCUCUGCUGAGUUCCAACAACAUACUGAUCUCGUCUGGCAUUAGUCUGUCGCCCGGCGCCAACAACAUACUGAUCUCGUCUGGCAUUAGUCUGUCGUCCGGCGCCAACAACAUACUGAUCUCGUCUGGCAUUAGUCUGUCGCCCGGCGCCAACAACAUACUGAUCUCGUCUGGCAUUAGUCUGUCGUCCGGCGCCAACAACAUACUGAUCUCGUCUGGCAUUAGUCUGUCGCCCGGCGCCAACAACAUACUGAUCUCGUCUGGCAUUAGUCUGUCGUCCGGCGCCAACAACAAACUGAUCUCGUCUGGCAUUAGUCUGUCGCCCGGCGCCAACAACAUACUGAUCUCGUCUGGCAUUAGUCUGUCGUCCGGCGCCAACAACAUACUGAUCUCGUCUCGCAUUAGUCUGUCGUCCGGCGCCAACAACAUACUGAUCUCGUCUGGCAUUAGUCUGUCGCCCGGCGCCAACAACAUACUGAUCUCGUCUGGCAUUAGUCUGUCGCCCGGCGCCAACAACAUACUGAUCUCGUCUGGCAUUAGUCUGUCGCCCGGCGCCAACAACAUACUGAUCUCGUCUGGCAUUAGUCUGUCGUCCGGCGCCACACUUUGCAUUCAAGCUACUUCUCAACAACCAAGAGGCGCAUGACUCUUGGGCAAAUGGCAUGUCGGGAUAUGAUAUGACAAUUUUGUUUUACCUUACUUCUAAGGGCACGGGGGUAAAGGAGUUAAAUUCUUUAUGCCAAAGGCAAUGGUAUUGGGGGUUGCAGGAUGGAAGGAUAAGCUUCCACGUUUGUUCAAAUCCAUUAUCUUGAUUUAAUUUUAAGAUCACAGGACAGGUACUCGCCUCGUCUAUCUACUACAUAUGUUAGGAAAUGUAUAUUUGGUGUAUUGAUAUUAGGUGUAUUGAUAUUGGGUGUAUUGAUAUUGGGUGUAUUGAUAUUGGGUGUAUUGAUGUAGGGUGUAUUGAUGUCGGGUGUAUUGAUAUCGGGUGUAUUGAUAUUGGGUGUAUUGACAGACCAAGCUAUAUACAUAGUAACUGUGGCCACAGUGAUCAACAUGUGCUAUACACGGUAACACGACGGCGAUGCUGUUGGGCCAGUAGCCUCCUGGAAUAAAGGACUGCCACGGUUAUUGAAGUUAAUCAUGUUUUAAACGACGUUUUGUUAAUAAUCAGGAUGCCCAGAUAUUUAACCAGUAGCAUGUCGGGACAAACGGCUACCAAGUUGGUUUUUAUGAAAGACUUGGAUGUAUUUUUAAGGUCACAUUGGUCAAAUGUGUUCAAACUUUUAAAUUAUUAAUUUUGUUCUUGAACACCAAAAUUUCAAAGUUAUGAUAUAAGAAAUAUAAAAAGUACUGAGUGAUACGAGUUUUCGUUUCAUAUCCAUUACUUGUAUCAACUUCCAAGUUCGAAUGAAUUAAAUCUUAUUUUCCAACGGAGAGUUUGCCGCUAAGCUGGAGCAACACAUACAUAUAUAUGUAGAAUAAGUAAUACAGGCCUGUUGGGCAUCUUGUUUAAUUUAACUUACAGCUUUAAUUUGUCCUUUCUGUCACAUCCUAUCUAAAUUUACAUAUUUACCUGGACGUGUGAUCUGUAUGCAAAAAUAAGAGAUGGUGUAUUGAUAUUUUAGAUUCGUGUUGAUAUGCAAUUUUCUGUUUUGUAUUUGUAAUUAACACGUGCUUGUUAACUCUACGUUUACUCUAGUUUGUAUGUUUACUCGUGGUUUACAUGACUAUAAAGAUGUACGUUAUGAAUUAACGCGCAUGUUUCAAAUUAUACUUUUUAAAAAUGUUUUAUGAUAAAAAAAGAAUGUUCAUGUGCGGAUGUAAACGUGUUUGUAUAGUGCACGUAUAUAUACAGGUGUUUUGUAUACGUAAACGUAUAUAUAUAUAUAUAGGUGUUUUGUAUACGUAAACGUAUAUAUACAGAUGUUUUGUAUACGUAAACGUAUAUAUACAGUUGUUUUGUAUACGUACACGUAUAUACACAGGUGUUUUGUAUACGUGUAUUCAUUGUAUUAACACAUGUGCUCUUUCCCUUAAGGCAGUAUAUAUGGUUUAAUUCGCGCGUGUUUACGUGGAUGUACAAUUUACUUACACGUGUUAAAUUCGUGCUCACGUGUUUCUGCUUGCACGUACCUCUGGUGCAUUACACGUGGACAUAGUUAACGUUCAUCUCGCACUUCACGGGGAUAUUACUGUAUUGUCGCCGUAUCACUUCGAGCCUCUCCCCUAUGGCAUAGGUACAUAAUUAUGUAUCUGUGGCCAGGAUUUUCUAAAAUUAGUAAUUGUUUGUCUAUUAAAUAUUGUAACAUUAUCCAGUGUAUUUAUAAGUGGAAUAGCAUUCCUACUUGACUGGUAUAAGUAAUCAUUUAUAUCUAGAAAUCUAGGAAAAUCAUGAUCCCUGGUACAUGUGCCCUACAUGCAAGCUGAUUUUCAAUGCCGUACUACAUGUACAGUUUAUGUGCAGAGUCAGUACAUGCAAGACCAAACGUGCCGAGACGGGGCAUGUUUUGUUAUGUUUAGGGAGGCCUAAGUUAUAAACAUCAUGGUGGAAUUGUAAGCAAAACAUUUAAUGCCAGCCCGACCAUGUGGAACAUCAUGGAGUGUUCCGAAAUGUCGCUAUGCACAUCACCAGUCGAAAGUGAAAUGUCAAGUGAGGAUACAUUGGGGAAAACAAUUAGUGAUAGCGUGUUGAUAGAAAGUAUUGAUCCUGUCUGUCCUUGUAUGUAAACACUGUAUAUUAUAGUCAGUGUGUCUUAUGUAGACUUACUAAACAGCAGGUCACUAUUAUCAGUAACACAAAAAAAAAUAUGUUUGGUUAGAGUCACAUGAGCCAAAGGUUGUACCACUUGGUAUAUAUCGUGUGUGAUCAUUGGUUAUCGUCUUCUUGUACAGCAUUAGAUGUCCAUUCUCAAACAAACAUGCCAUGGUAUAACGAUACGAACGAUAUAAAUUUCUCUCGACCGAAUUGAAAAAAAAAAAUUGGAAAGUGUAGUAAAAUUCCUCAGGAAAUUGUGAAUAUUUUUCUCUUAGCCAAUGAUAAGUUUAUGGUCUGGGGUUAAACCAAGGUAGGGUCGGAAUACCCCAAACAGACUGUAAACAUGCGAAUUCCCUUUAGAUAUUGUGAGAAGCUUGUGUUAGUGAUGUUACAUGUAUUGUCUUGACAUGCUAAGAUUAAACUGAACAAUUAGUGUGGUACGUUAACCUUGUAAUGAUAUUUAUCAUGCGGAAGUUGAUACUAUAUUGUUAGUGAGUAUAACUUAUAAAGUGAUGUACGGCCUGAUACAGGAAACAUUUCCUUUCAGUUCGUGAAUAAGAUCAUUGGUAUGCUUAAAUGGUGCACGUGAAAGCAUUAGUAGGAGUGAGUGAUACGCGUAAAUUAAUGGUAGGAUAAAGUGGUGCGGAUGAAUUAAUGGCAGGAUAAAGUGAUGCGCGUGAAUUGAAGGAAGAAUAAAGUGAUGCGCGUGAAUUAAUGGUAGGAUAAAGUCAUGCUCGUGAAUCAAUGAUAGGAUAAAGUGAUGCGCGUGAAUUAUGGUCGGAUAAAGUGUUGCGCGGGAAUUAAUGGUAGGAUAAAGUAAUGAGCGUGUAGUAACGGAAGGUCAAACUAAUGCAAGUGAAUUAAUGAUAUAGGAUAAUGUGAUGCGCGUGAAUUGAUGGCAGGGUAAAGUGAUGCGCAUGAAUCAUUGGUAGGAUAAAGUGAUUUGCGUGAAUAAUUUGUAGGAUAGAAUGAUGCACAUGAAUCAUUGGUAGGAUUAAGUGAUGGACGUGUAUCAUUGGUAGGGUUUAGCGAUGCGCGUGAAUCAUAAUGCACGUGAAUAUUUCGUAGCGUGAAUCAUUGGAAGGAUUAAGUGAUGGGCGCAAAUCAUUAGAAGGAUCAAGUGAUGCUCGCGUGAAUUAAUUCAUUAUGCGCGUGAAUUAUUGUCUAGAUCAGUUGAUGUAAUGUGAAUAAUGCUAUCAUUGUAAUUUUAUUAGGUACGAGUGACUUAUUCUGUCUUUCAUAUCCUUUUAUUGAUCAACAAUCUCUUAUAAAAAGUCUUUCACUUUGUUCUUGAAAUGUCUGUCCCUUUAACAGGAGUGUGUAUGAGUAUGAUGUGUACUAUAUAUAGACAUACAUGUGAUUUGUACAUGUACAUAUACUGUUUAUAGACAUACAUGCAUUGGUCUAUCACACCUGAUUUGGCUCGCCUGAGCUACACCGGAGCACGACUUUUGGCGAAUUUCGGGGAUCGGCACUAUAGUAUGGUAGUGGAGAUGUAUCAUCGUGAGCAUAUCGGCGAAAAAAUUACAUGUACGUAAUGCUUCGUUAAAGUCUGUAGAGCACCGAUAACGCCUCGUACUGGACAGGCUCAAUGUGUAUCGUGCUGUUGUGACAGUGGGAACGGCAGUACUAACAUGCAUCGGUAUUGGUACGGAGUGGGAACGACAGUACUAACAUGUAUCGGUAUUGGUACGGAGUGGGAACGACAGUACUAACAUGUAUCGGUACGGAGUGGGAACGACAGUACUAACAUGUAUCGGUAUUGGUACGGAGUGGGAACGGCAGUACUAACAUGUAUCGGUACGGAGUGGGAACGACAGUACUAACAUGUAUCGGUACGGAGUGGGAACGACAGUACUAACAUGUAUCGGUAUUGGUACGGAGUGGGAACGACAGUACUAACAUGUAUCGGUAUUGGUACGGAGUGGGAACGACAGUACUAACAAGUAUUGGUACGGAUUGGGAACGACAGUACUAACAUGUAUCGGUAUUGGUACGGAGUGGGAACGACAGUACUAACAUGUAUCGGUACGGAGUGGGAACGACAGUACUAACAUAUAUCGGUAUUGGUACGGAGUGGGAACGUCAGUACUAACAUGUAUCGGUACGGAGUGGGAACGACAGUACUAACAUGUAUCGGUAUUGGUACGGAGUGGGAACGGCAUUAAUAACAUGUAUUGGUACGGAGUGGGAACGACAGUACUAACAUGUAUUGGUACGGAGUGGGAACGACAGUACUAACAUGUAUCGGUACGGAGUGGGAACGACAGUACUAACAUGUAUCGGUACGGAGUGGGAACGGCAGUACUAACAUAUAUCAGUAUUGGUACGGAGUGGGAACGACAGUACUAAUAUAUAUCGGUAUCGGUACGGAGUGGGAACGACAGUACUAACAUGUAUCGGUAUUGGUACGGAGUGGGAACGACAGUACUAACAAGUAUUGGUACGGAGUGGGAACGGCAGUACUAACAUGUAUCGGUACGGAGUGGGAACGACAGUACUAACAUGUACCGGUAUUGGUACGGAGUGGGAACGACAGUACUAACAUGUAUCGGUAUUGGUACGGAGUGGGAACGACAGUACUAACAUGUAUCGGUACGGAGUGGGAACGACAGUACUAGCAUGUAUCGGUAUUGGUACGGAGUGGGAACGACAGUACUAACAUGUAUCGGUACGGAGUGGGAACGGCAGUACUAACAUAUAUCAGUAUUGGUACGGAGUGGGAACGACAGUACUGAUAUAUAUCGGUAUCGGUACGGAGUGGGAACGACAGUACUAACAUGUAUCGGUAUUGGUACGGAGUGGGAACGACAGUACUAACAUGUAUCGGUAUUGGUACGGAGUGGGAACGACAGUACUAACAUGUAUCGGUACGGAGUGGGAACGGCAGUACUAACAUGUAUCGGUAUUGGUACGGAGUGGGAACGGCAGUACUAACAUGUAUCGGUACGGAGUGGGAACGACAGUACUAACAUGUAUUGGUACGGAGUGGGAACGACAGUACUAACAUGUAUCGGUAUUGGUACGGAGUGGGAACGACAGUACCAACAUGUAUCGGUAUUGGUACGGAGUGGGAACGACAGUACUAACAUGUAUCGGUACGGAGUGGGAACGACAGUACUAACAUGUAUCGGUACGGAGUGGGAACGACAGUACUAACAUGUAUCGGUACGGAGUGGGAACGGCAGUACUAACAUGUAUCGGUACGGAGUGGGAACGACAGUACUAACAAGUAUCGGUACGGAGUGGGAACGACAGUACUAACAUGUAUCGGUACGGAGUGGGAACGGCAGUACUAACAUGUAUCGGUACGGAGUGGGAACGGCAGUACUAACAUGUAUCGGUACGGAGUGGGAACGACAGUACUAACAAGUAUCGGUACGGAGUGGGAACGACAGUACUAACAUGUAUCGGUACGGAGUAAGAACGACAGUACUAACAAGUAUCGGUACGGAGUGGGAACGGCAGUACUAACAUGUAUCGGUACGGAGUAAGAACGACAGUACUAACAUGUAUCGGUACGGAGUGGGAACGACAGUACUAACAUGUAUCGGUAUUGGUACGGAGUGGGAACGACAGUACUAACAUGUAUCGGUAUUGGUACGGAGUGGGAACGGCAGUACUAACAUGUAUUGGUACGGAGUUGGAACGACAGUACUAACAUGUAUCGGUACGGAGUGGGAACGACAGUACUAACAUGUAUCGGUACGGAGUGGGAACGACAGUACUAACAUGUAUCGGUACGGAGUGGGAACGACAGUACUAACAUACAUCGGUAUUGGUACGGAGUGGGAACGGCAGUACUAACAUGUAUCGGUACGGAGUGGGAACGACAGUACUAACAGGUAUCGGUACGGAGUGGGAACGACAGUACUAACAUGUAUCGGUAUUGGUACGGACGAUUUUGUACUGUUAAAUUUCUGUAAUUAGCUGCUCCGUUUUAGCCCCGGAGAGGUACAACGACAGUGUGUGUGGCAGGAACUUUGUAGACAUCCGAGUGUAAUUCGACAUGUAUGUACAUGUACCAGUCUAUAUAUAUUGUACAUUAAUUCAUUUGUUUAUAAAGUAUAGUAUAUAGAUAUUUAUAUGUGUGUGUGUUUAAUAUGUGUUAUUUAUAGACAUUGGUGAAUAUUAUAAACUAUAGUAUUUAUACUUAAAGCUGACAGUGGAAGUUAAAAAGCUUCCAGUUGAGAUUCUUAGAAAUAUAUAUAUUAUACGACCUUCCAUCCGUUUUUGUUUGUUUUUGUUUUUUGUUUGUUUGUUUUUUUAAAUAUACAAAUAACAGAAUAUUGACAUGGAAAUUGAACAGGUAAAAAUAAGAAAAUGGUUGUAAUCGAUUGAAGUUAUUUACGAUCUACAUUACAUUCAAAAACGAAAUAACCCAUCGCGAAAGAAAGAAAAAACGAAAAUUUUAGCAAAAUGUUUUAGUAUCACAUCCUUAUAAUCAAGAAUGCGUAAAAACGGCGGUAUUUCCAGCUACAUCCGUCAGAAUACGAAUACUUGUCAAAUAUCACAAAAUUACCGACACGUUUUACCAGGUAUGUGUAUACACGUUGUAGAUUAUAACAAAACACUCACGUGUUUUUCUCACGGGGGCUAGCAACGAUUUAAUGGAUACGAAUAGAAAUUAUAAAAUACGUAAGCUCUUACAUAUUUUGCCUUGGUUUUGGUUUCCAUAUACCAUAUGUAUCGUGAGCAAACAGACAACUCCAGAGAAUACAAAGUCAAACGAUGGUGACGGGGCCCAAGUGGCUACGUAGCCACGAUAUGCACGCACGUAGAAAAAAUGGAUGAAUUAUUUGGGAUCUGUACAUUAUUUGUCGCCAAUUAUUUAUUUUAAGAUGAAUUUGGAAUAGCUGAGAAGUACUGACCAUCUUUACUACUCUAUUACGACCUCAGGUACAUAUACAUAUUCAUUUUGUAAGUGCGCUGGUACUGGCGUGAUAUGCCGAGUAUACGUCUCCAAGCAGAGCACAAUAUUAAAAUGUCGCCACUUCAUAGCGGGUGUCCAAGUGGUGUCUCAGAAACGAUUUCUGAAUACUGAGCCUUCGUAUAUUGUUUUUAAAACACAAUUGGAAGAUUUUUAACCUGCACUGUCAGCUUUAAUGUUACCUGAUGCAAAUUAUAUAAAUAAGUAUUUAUGUGUGUGUUUCACAUUUUCGUUGAUAAGUAUUUAUACUCUACCCUAGUAGCGUGACAUGCGCACCUAGCUCGGAAUCCGUCUCGCAUCAUACGAAACUAAAUAUUGGAACUUUAUGCUGGCCGGAAGUAUUUCACCGAGUCAGAACGAGGCUGGACAAUGUAUGCGUUUUAGUGUCUUAUUAUAGUUACAGCGCAUGCCCAAUGUUACAUUUAUUACAUUGUAUAUCUCUAGAAUGAACUACGUAUUAUGUAAUUUAUAUAAUCGUUAAUAAUAAAGGCUUCAGACAUAAAA